AACGACCUUUGUUUCUGUGCCUUGUCGGCUGCCGGCGUCGUGAUGCACCUCCUUCUCUAAUCGUUUGGGGCGCCUGCCCAUACACUCGUUUGACAGAGCAUUCGCUGCUGCUUUCGCCCACCACGCACCUAACGCUCGCUGCCGCGCUUUCCUUUGUCCAGAGCAGAACAGCCACGACCUAACGAGUCCCGACGCGCCCACUGCCGACCAUUGUUAAGAUAUCUCUGUGCGACUACGUAUGCCUUCUAAUUGCCAGCCUCGUUGUCCUUCCCUUACCUUCUCUUCCCGGCAUGGCAACACCUCCCGAGCAGCCAUGGUCUAAUCAUGAAAAGAACUACUUACUGGCCGAAAUCAUCAAAGCCGCCAAUCCUCCAGCAAAUGUGCUCUUUAGCGUAAUUCAGAAUGUACAACUACAGCCUCGUUGGGAUGAAACCCCACUGCCACCGGGACGCUCACUCAACUCAUGCCGCAAUGCUUUCGAAGAGAUGCGAAGAACCCUCCCGGUGUCCGUGGGAGCGCCAAUGGGUCCAAUGGCCCCAAGCCCUUUAUCAGGGCCCAUCCCGACGCUGAAGAGAGCUUACCCGUAUGAAGCUUCGUUCACUGGGGGAUCUUCUGGCCGGGAAAUCAGACCCAAACUUCCAAUGUCGGCUGCUGUCCAUGCCCAGCCUUCGCCGACAGAGCCGCCUGCGAAGAAGAAGCGUGGUCGUCCAACCAAAGCAGAAGCUUUGGCGAAAGCGGAAGCAGCAGCUGCCUCGGUAGUGUCAUAUGGCGAGCCUGGACCAGUGUCGAUGUCGCGUCCGGUAUCGCAAAAUACUCCCCAAGCUCAGACUCAUCAGGCUCAACCACCACCGCCGCUUGCCGCUACCGUAGAAGAUCCGGCACGGGAAUCACGACCUUCCCUUCCUCCCGUUACGAGGAUGCCAAUAGCUUCCAUGCUCACUCCUGCUCGAGAACUCGAGACUGGCAGCCAAUCACAACCUGGAUCCUCAUCUGGGCGACGCAGACGAGCAAGGUCGACAAAGUCCGAGCCUAAUGAUUCACCCAUCCUUCGCCCUCCUGAGACGAGCAACGAAUACGAAUCACCCUACGGCCGAUCUGAUGCACCAGAUACCCCAGCAAGAGCCGCAAUUUCUCGACAUCGUGACGAAACGACUAGCGCGCCACGAGAUAUUUCUAGCACCCGCCCACCGGACAAUCUCGCAGGCAGACCACCUUCCCACGAAAGCGAACGCUCGUAAAUCAAAGGCACCCAAAACCUUUGCACGAACAUCGACAUAUCACACGGCCGACGAAUCACGGACCAUCUGCUAUUUUCUCUCUUCCUUUGUUCAUACUAUUACUAAUUUUC